AUGUCAUCUUUUUUAUGUAUUUCGCAGGUGUGUAAAUCCCAGAAUACUGAAACCUUUUUGAUAGUAGGAAGCAUCUCUUGAACAUGGCUAAGAUGGAUACGAAUGCAUUUUUCGCAAAAAGGGACCUCACAAGUGCAGCAUUUUCUUUGAGCUGUAGAUGCGCAAUGCUUGCAUAUGGGUUGCCGGGUAUGGAAUUUUCUUUUUCCUCCCCUAUGGAUCAUAUCAUAG